CCUGAUACACCUGUUUGUCAGGUAGGAUAGUCAGCCCGCAGCCCGCAGUCGGAACGGAGACACGGAGUCAUGACUAAAUAGACUAUGAACGGAAUUUUAUUGCGUUGACGCAAUUUGGACUUUUUUUUUAAUCGUCAUGUUAGUGAACCAGCUUUCACAACUUAAAAUGGGUCGACCGUACAGAGGGAAUACCUCUCUGAAUGUGGUUUUGCUGCUGUAUUUGAUCGGCUUUUUCGCCCCUUCCCUAGUCUCCUCCAUCACAGUGAGUACUCCAGCAGAGCUCCAUGCAUCUAAAGGGGAUGCAGUCACAUUGUCCUGCACUUUCACUUCCACCAGUAGGCCAACCAGUAAGAUGACUGUCGACUGGUCUUAUAGACCCCAGAGUGGAGGGCUGCCACAGACAUUUUUCCACUUCUCUUCACGUGCGUUCCCUCCACUCGACGGUCAGUUUACUGGUCGUAUCCGGUGGCAGGGAAGCCCGGCACGUGGGGAAGCUUCCAUCUAUCUGAUCAACGCCACGUUGAAUGAUAAUGGGACCUUUACGUGCUCAGUCAGAAACCCUCCUGAUGUCCACGGGUCCCCGACUUCACACACUGUACUUACUGUCACACCAAAGGUGCCCAGCAUUCGCUUCUCUGAUGUUGCGGUCCUCCUCGCGUUCAUCCUCCUCCCCUCCGCUAUCAUUACACUCCUUCUGAUUGGACGGAUGCUCUGUCCCAAGAAACAUCCCAACCAAUCAAAGGCCUACAGAUCGCCCAUAGAGGUCACCGAGGGAGAGGAAUAUGGCAUCCACUCACUGGGGAGCAAAGGAAAGAGGGCCUCAUGCUGUGACCUAUGUCUGAUGGACUCAGAGGAUGAAGAUGGGUAUUACAACCUAAAAAAGGGGCCUCCUCUGAAGGAAGGAUUUGCGGAGUCUCAGUGCUAGAGAACCCUGCUGUUUGGGAGAUGUAACUGCAACAUCUAGACCUGGUGGUGCCUUACAAAUGGGAGGUACUGAAUUGAAAUUAAUGCUGGAUUCAUGUCUUCUGUGCCACUUUCAAUCACGUACCCAGUCACUUUGAUGAUGUUUACUUUUUGUGGUGACCCCUUUGGAAUAAUACAUGAAUUUUUGUCUUGAGACAAUCUGAAUUAUGCAUCUCCAGCAUAAAAUAUGUCAAUAAUUUGCUUUACCUUUUGCACACAAGCUCCUAAGUUUUCCGAGGCUUCUCAAGAGCCAGUCCACUGUUUUUAUACCAGUGAGCUGCAGAGAUCUAAAUUCCUACAUAUUAGUUUGUGGUCUUGAUGAGAUAUGAUUUGUUUAUUCUAUCUGUACAGGUAAGCAGCUGAUAUCAUUCUGUCAGGUACCAACUGACCCUGUACAUGCAAACACAAACACACAGUCGAGCACUAUGUAUAUUUUUAUAUCGUGAUGAUUUAUGUGUCACUUUCUUAUUGUGAAGGAGAUAGCUGCGUUUUGUCUAAUUUAUUGCCCGUGUCAGAGCGGCUGUAUGAAAUGUGUUGAUGUCUUUGUUGAGUUGUAGUGGAACUUUUCUGUUAUAUCGUCAAUGUUUGGACAGAAAAUAAAUGGUUUGAUUUUGAACGUCAA